AUGUCAAUAAACGAAAUGUUAAAUAGAGAAUUAGAAUGUAAUAUGAUAAAAUUAGAAAAGCAUUUAGAUGUAUUUAUUAAUUUAUAUAUCUUUUAGUCAUAUUUUGAUAAUAGAGUUAAUUAGAUUGAUUAAUUAUUGAUAAUAGAUUCUCCAAUUUGUAAAUUUAGUAAUCCUAAAUUUGAAUUAUCUUAUCCAAAAUUUAAUUAAUUUAAUUUUAUUGGUUAAUCUGAGUUUUAAUCAAACAUUAUUUUAGAAUUGAAACCAUUAAUAAAUUCAAAAAUUAAAGGGCAAGUUCAAUUCAAAUUAUAAUAAAAUACAUUAAUAUAGUAAUCAUCAUAAUCAAUAGAAAAAAAAGCAAUUAUUCAAUCUACAUCUUCUUAAUUCAAUUUAAUACCAUUUACUUAUUAAAUAAUUUAAAUUAAUUCAAUUAAAGAAUAAUAAUGUUUUCGUGUAAUUGAAAUAAAUAAAGAUUGUUCAAUUGUAGCUAUUGGUUGUGAUAAAUAAAUAAAAAUAUAUGAAUUCAAAUAAAGAAUCAUGAAUUUAAUUCAAGUAUUAAAUUAAUAUAAUAAUUAUGUAUUCACUUCAAAUUUCAUGUAAAAAUCAGAUUAAUUAAUAUCCAGAGAUAGAGAUGGAUCUAUUGUAAUUUGAUCAAGCAAUAACAAUUAUUUAUGAAAUUACUCAUAAAAAAUUAAAGGACAUAAUCAUUGGAUUUAUUGUUUAAUAUUGAAUAAGAAUGAAGAUCUUUUUAUAUCAAGUAGUGGGGAUAAUACUAUUAAGUUUUGGAAUAAACAAAAAGAAUGGAUAUAUUAAUAAUCAAUCACACUGAUCAUACUUCUUAAGUUUAUUAAAUAAGUUUAAAUGAUUAAGAAGAUAAAGUUAUUUCUUGUGGAUAGGAUUCAACAAUAUUAGUAAUUGAAUAUUCUGAAUAUAGUAAAAGGUGGAUGGUAAAAUAAAAUAUCAAAGUUGAUUUUUAUGGAUUUAGAUUAUGCUUUAUAAACAAUAAUCUAUUCACAUUUAAACCUUAUUAUGGCAAAUUAAUGUAUGUUUAUGAGAUGAAUAGUGUAAGGAAAUAGUUCACUAAAAAAAAAAGAUAUCAUUGUUAAUUAAGGUAGUGAAAGUUGUUCAUUAUUUUCAUUAUUAUUUAUUUAAUAAAAAUAGAUUUUAAUGAGUAAACUUGAUACAUAUGUCAAUUUUUUAAGAAAGACAGAAAAAGAUGUAUUUAAAUAUGAGUAAUCUAUUCAAUUUUAUACAAAUUAAUUGUUUGGUUAAUUGAUUAAUAAUGGAGAGUAUUUUAUUACUUGGGAUAGUUUAUCUAAAGAUAUAUAAAUUUUGGGAUAUAAAUAAUAAUGA